ACUUCUUGAUGGUGUCCUGAAGCGAAACAGGCUUCAAAAUGGUAAUAAACGGUUACGGGAACAACGUCCCUGUCCAAUGCCCAGUCGUGGGCCGCAUGGAGGACAUUGGAUGGAAUCUGCAGUGUCCAAUGACAGGCCAGUGGUCUAGACAGCCAGUGAACAAUGUGUCUCUUAGUGCCAGUGUUUACCGUGAAAUCCCUCCAGCGGAGUGCUACCCUGGAAACUAUUACGCCCCCAAAGCGCAAUAUUUUCCUCCUCAAGUGGUAUAUCCUCGGCCGGUUCCUCAAUACCAGCCUGCUAUGCCUAACUUGCCGUGUAACCAAGCGCAACAGUGGGAUUACGGGAGUAUGUGCUACAACGUGAAUGGCCAGCCUUGCCAGUACACCAACGUUGUUGAUUUGGAAGAUUUUAUGAACAAUGAGAAACGCAAGGAGAAAUCCCGCGUCGCGGCAAGAUGUCGCCGCACGAAGGAGAUGCAGAUCUUCUCGGAGCUAAUGGAACAGCUGCCCGCCAAGAAGGAGGAGGUGGAACAGCUCGACAAGGCCUCCGUGAUGCGUCUCGCUAUAUCCUACCUCAGGGCCCGCGACGUGGUUUCACUGCUCCCCACCGCUACAAAGGACCAGCCGAAGAUGGAAAACCCCAAAGGCGUGGAGGAACUGUCUUCAGAGCUGUCCUACAUGAAGGCUCUGGAUGGGUUCGUCCUCGUGCUUUCCCAACAAGGCGACAUCGUUUACUGCAGUGAAAAUAUCGCCGAUCACCUUGGGGUCUCACAGAUGGAAAUAAUGGGCCAGAGCGUGUUCGAGUUCAGCCACCCCUGCGACCAUGACGAGAUUCGCGAAGCGCUGCGGUCAAACGGUCAGCAAGAUGGCCGGCGCGACCUGCUGCUCCGUCUCAAGUGUACCCUCACUAGCAAGGGGCGGAAUGUGCACCUCAAGUCCGCUUCUUUCAAGGUUAUCCAUGUAACGGGUCACAUGCUGGUCCCCCCAGAGACCAAAAAAUCCGAGAAGUCGGAAGAAGACAAGAAAGACGAGAAAUGUGUCAAGCUGCCUUCGCUGGUCGCCGUGGGCCGUCCCAUACCCCACCCGUCUAACAUAGAGAUACCGCUGGACAGCAAGACUUUCCUCACCAAACAUAGCCUGGAUAUGAAGUUCACAUACAUUGAUGAAACUCUGACGAAAACGCUGGGUUUCGGCAAGGACGAGUUGGUGGGUCAUUCCCUUUACGACUACCACCACUCGGCUGAUUGCGCAUCGUUGGUCCAUCAAUUCAAAUCACUGUUCUCCAAGGGACAAUGCGAGACAGGCCAGUACCGCUUCCUCGCCAAGACUGGCGGCUACGCCUGGGUUCAAACCCAGGCCACCGUCAUCACAGACAAGCAGCAGAAACCUGUCAGCGUCGUCUGCGUCAACUACAUCAUAAGUGCUAUCGAGUGCAAAGAUGAGGUGUUCUCCGCACACCAAUUCCAACAUGCGGACUUGAAGCCUCUGCCCGUACCGCCUGCCGUAUUUGAGCCUCCAGCGAACGGAUCCAUUGUAGCUGUGGUGCCUGCUACAGAAGAAAUCUUUGCACCAAGAGAGAAAGACAUGAACAAGGGUUAUCUCUCGCUAGCACAAUCCAAGGGACAUACAAUGCUUAAAGACGAGCCUGAUGAAGAGGAUCUUACUUAUCUGGCGCCUACGGCCGGUGACACUUGCAUACCACUGGAGAACAGUCCGUUUGACAUGUUCGAUGACUUCAUUCUUGGCGACAAUUACUGCAGCCUCUUAGGCGACGACCUUGCUAAUGGUUCACCUGUGGAUUCCUUAACUGCCGAUUCUUUAUUACUGUCCUCACCUGAACCUCAGGAGAGUGACUCAUCAUGCGAACAGUCGUCAAUAUUGACAGAACUUUCUCUGGACGCAUUAGAUAGCGCAAGGUCAGACAACGACAUAGACGAUGGACACUCACCGUUUAUCCCCCUCACCGAUGAGUUGCCAGUAUUGGAGCCGGCAGUCAUGUGGGCGGCGUUCCCAGAUAACGUCAGCAUGGCUAGACCACAGCCGACGACCACACAGACGCAACAGAGCGCUUCGCCGGCACCGGCGCUACAGCGCUUAUUGGCCGCGCCGCCCACAGGCCCUCCGCCACAAGAACUCAUUACAAGCAUAUACUCAGAUCAAGGCUUAAUACCGAGCAGAAGCGUGUCGUCAUGGGAGACAGGCGUGAAACGCGUGUUGAACCAAGACGAGGAGCCCCGGGCCAAACGUGCAAAGCGCAGCCCGUCCCCGGCUUUAGAAGUACGGAGCACACCAUCUUCGAGCGUCCUCAUGAACCUCCUGGAUGUACCACAGCCAAUGCAGGUGAAUCCGGGCCAGUACAGGUUGUUGGUCAACCAGCAGUUGCCGAUCAACAACAUCAUCCCCGUGCCGGUCAUGAACCUGAUGCAGAAACAACCCCCGAAACCCAUACACAACUCCAACCUCAUACCAAGCUCUAAUCUUAUACCCAAGUCUAACAUGAUACCAACUUCAAACUUGAUACCAAAGUCAAACAUGAUACCGACCCCAAAUCUGAUACGUAACGUCACUCACCCUAUGUCUCCACUUACACUUAAUAUAGGAAGCCCGAUGUAUUCGCUCCCGUCGAGCCCUAAUACUCCCAAUUACAGUCCAGCCAUGAGUCCCGCUCAAAGGGAGCGCGUGCUCAGCCCGUAUCGUCCCCAAUCCGUAUCGCCUGUCGGUAAAUUUAAACAGAUGUAUAGCCCCGGUAGACUUCUGUCGCCCAUAGGCGUCAUACAAGGAAGCGAUCCGUAUCUGACCAAUAAAAUGACACCGAGUCCUAACUACCCGCAACAAGCCGACAUGAUCAUAGACAACAAUAUAGGUCUUGCUUCGAACGACUUCUGGACCGAUACAGAAAUGCUGACAGAGACCAAUCUUCUUGAAGCAUUAGACGACGUUAAACUCGUCUAACUUGAAUUUUCAGAGUGAUUUCUCAAUCGAUAGCUGAAUUUAUUGACUUAACACCUAAAAUAUGAUGCUAUCAAAUCACGAGAAACCCUCGAACCCAGAUCGGCGUUCCGUACGCGAAAUGUUUGACAUUUUAUUCGAGGUCUCAUUUUUGUAGAAAUCACUCUGGCGGAUGCAGGGUCGGAAAUGGUAGGAACAAUAAAAUACCAAACGGAUUCCGGAAAACCAACAGCAUUAUCUUUUCACAGAGCGCGAGUAUUAAGUAGGUACAUACUGCACUGGAUUUACCCGACCUCCAAUUUUAAAGGUUUUCAAUUUUAUUUGUUUCAAUAGAAUCUGUCAUUUAUUAACCUAUUUGGAAACCGAGUGCAGCGUAAUUAAUAGCACCAAUUUAAGUUAUCAAAAUCCUUUAAAAAAAAAACCAUUGUACCUAUAGUAAGUAUAUCGGAAUCCAAAAUGACGUAACAAUAAUAACAUGUGACUUAGCAGGAAAAUUUUGUAGUCUGAAGGACAUUGUUAUAAAAAGCGUAAUAUGUGUAAUAACGCUGUCAAAUAGAUUUUAACGUUAGCAUAAUGAUGAAAAAUGAGCGUAAUUUUAUGUUUAAGAGCAGAUCUUUUAUAUCCUUUGUAGUGCAAGUAACGCUCAUAUGGUGCAUCUAAUGGCUGGCAUUGAAACCUUGAAACGCAAUCAAGAGGAUCUUAUUUGCAGCAUUAUUCAAUUAAAUUUAGUUCUGCCAUCGAUAUUGUAACUUUUAUCCUCCAAUAGAAUAUGAUUCAAAUAAUUGGAAGAAAAUUGGCGUAUGAUUUUACUUAAAUUUAGUGUCAUAAAUUCUCAUUUAGUGGCGAGGUCUAAUAUUUUCAUAUUUUUAUAACGUACUGGAGUAAAUUAUUAGAUGCAUUCGUAAUUUAAGAGAAAAUACGGUAAUACAACGUGACCGUCACUUUAAUGUACUGGAAAAUGUAUUAUGUAUUUCCAAAUGUAAUAGACAUAAAAUUGUUAUAAAUUGUAAGUCGUACAUAUAAAAACAUCUGUCAAAUGCACAUAAGAUAAUUUGUUUGAUCAAAAAGCAUAUACUCACUUAGCAUUUAAGCAUUAUAUAUUUUGUUACGACAGUGUCGUACCAAGCCUACCUGGAAUAUAAGUUAUAUAAGCAAAGAUAAUUAAUUCGGCAUGAUAGUGUUAUAUCUUGGGUAUUUUAUACGAUCUGUUAUAAUAAGAAGGUUACAAAAAAUUAAAAGUAACAUGUAACAUCUAUAGUCUGGUCAACCACACGUGCCAGUAAAUUAGUAAAACAAUUUAUGCAAUCCUUUCCUUAGAGCGAAUCUUUAAAUUCUGGAAUCUUUGAAACAAGUUACUGUGGCAUUAUUGGCUGUCCUGACUAUAAUUACCGAAUAAGAAGUAUAUCGAUGUUUAAGAAAUUGUACUUGUUUUUUCUUGUUCAAAAAAUAUCUAGAGCGAAUUAUUUUGUAUACAAUUUUGAAUCAAUACUUCUGUCUUGGCUCGAAUAACAACUGUAGUUCUUUAUCUUCUGUCAUCUACGUAGUAUUACAUAAUAUUUUAAGUAUAUACCUGUCCACAGAACGUACACUUCAAGUACAACAUAUAUUUAUUGCAAAAAAAUGCAACUAGUUUUCAUUUACAUCUAAUCUCGUUAUAUUAAUUAAGUUAUGAUUUAAGAUAGUUUUAAGAUUGGAUUGUUCAUAAAUGUUUAUAAAGUGGAUAUAGAUAAAGCUUUUUCUGUCGUUGGUGUUAUGAAUGCCCGCCUGAAUGUCAAAGAGAUCGAUUUUGGAAUAAGUAUGAUAAUUUUAUAAGAUAACAGUUAUCAUAAUUAAAGCUAACCCACAAUAGGUAUAUAGUAAGGAGUGGAGAAAGCAAAAUCGAUGCAAGUAUGUUUAAACAUGUUUUUUUUACUUCUAGCGGUUUUGCAAUCUCCAUUGAAAAAUAAAACAUACUGCCAAUUUUCAUGUCUAACAAAUAACUAAAAUAAGUUAUUAAUAUACUGUUUACGUUAAGAAUUAUAUAUUUAUUGCACACUAUAAAGCUAAUUAUUUGUGAAUUAUUUAAAAUUACGUCUGCCUUGUGCCAUAAAGCAUUUUGUUAAUUACCUUCUGAUCCUGACUUGUGAUGAAAUGGCGAAUUAUAUUAUCAAAUUUUGGAAUUAUAUUGAAACGAAAUUGUAAAUAAAAUUCAUAUUGUUUUAUAAAAUACACGAGUAUUUAGAUAUUAAAUUUAUUGUCUUUAA